AGAAUGACCCACUGUUACAGAAAACAGCUGCCUUACCAUCAUAAUAAUAUGAAUCUGAUCUGACCUUGUAGUUAAACAGUCAUGGCGAGCUUGAUUUUUUUAAGCACUUUCUGCCAAAGAGGAAUAAGACCUGUGCUUCUCUGCCACACACACCUGUCUCGUGGGUUGGUUGCCUAUCAGAAGAAUCGAGAUAUAGAGCCUUUCCAUUUGGCAGCAGGGAGGAUCCACACAACUUCAGCACACUGCACAGUCUCAAGUUCAAGAGCAGCCUCCAAGCACUGGACUGGUGAACGGGUAUUGAGUAUAGUUCUGUUAGGUAUGGCUCCAGCUGCAUACCUGUGUCCCAGUCCGCUACUGGAUUACUCUAUUGCUGCGGCUCUCACACUGCACGGACACUGGGGGAUUGGUCAAGUCCUAACAGACUAUGUCCACGGUGAUGCUAAGGUCAAGCUGGCUAAAGCUGGUGUCUUGUUGCUCUCCACAGCCACAUUCUUUGGUCUCUGCUAUUUCAAUUAUCAUGAUGUUGGUCUCUGCAAGGCAGUCACCAUGCUCUGGCAAAUAUGAUUAUAUGGCCAGAAUUAAACUGACUGGUUUGAAGGAUUAAUCACCAUUUUAGGUACUUGAGGUAGUUUUAAAAGGUACCUAUCUUCAACUUAACAAAUGACAACAUACCGUCUCCUAACAUAUGUUACAUGUUUGAAUAAUAUUUGUCAUAGUGAUAUUUCACACAAACUUUUGAAUCGUUGGCUAAAUGAAGAGCAAUGUCUGUUGAUGACCUGUAGGCUAUUUACUGGGCAUUCCAGACGACCACCAUGGUUGUUAAUAAUUAGCUUUUUCCUUAUUAGUACUGUAUAUGAGAACAAGGGAGGUCUCUAUGUGUAAGAGACUAUGUUCAGGAACUAUGUUAAUAUUUAUUAUUUCAGCAGCUACAGUCAAUGUCCAGCAGAGGUCAGUGCUUUUCAGUUUUAUUGGGAAUGCUUGAUCAUAUUCACAAUGUCUGCAGGUCACAUCUGUGUUUACAAUAUGCUUUAAAGCCAACAAAUUUACUUGAAUACACUUGCGUAUUUGUUUUAUUUGAAGCAUGAUAAUGUUAUCUUCUUAAUAAUAUUA